UUUGAGAACAGAUUUCAGGCCUGAAGACAUAAAGAGACUAAGAAUAUAAUUUAAUUAUUUUGUAUAUAAAAAUUCUGUACAUAUUUGAAUAAAAAUAGUUUUUAAAUCAUUUUAAAUAUCGAUGAAGAUUGAUUCAUUUUUCAAAAGUUGGCGCGCAUUUACUAUAGUGAAAAACCUUUAAACAGCGGCGGGUUAGGUUAGAUGAUACAUAUUUAUACCUAUGCAUAUACUACAUUAUCGCGAUAAAAAUGUAUAAUCAUGAUUCAUGUGUCAAACAUUUCGAUCUGCCAAAUUUGAGCAAUGUUUUUUAAUUGUUAUACACUAUAACUUGUUGAUUAGUUUUAACUAAGUUUUUAUGCAUUCACAAAGAAAUGGACAAAGAAAGAUUUACAAUGCUCCUUUUGGAUCCUGGAGAAAUAUUCUUUGAAGACUACAGUGUACAAAUUAAAUUACAAAAUACAACACAAAGCGAACCAAAUGAUUGGUUAGAUGGCCGCUUGAAAUUAUGUUCAAAAUCCUUGGUUUUUGUAAGCAAAGAUAUAAAUCAACCGCUAAUUAAAAUCCAAUUGAAAGAUACAACACUUGCAGAGAAGUGUAGCUCGAAUAAUAAUUUAACAGGAUCAAAUGAUACAUUAUUAGUACAUUGUAAACAAUAUGUGGAGAUGCUGAAAGGAAAUAUCCUGGCUCCAUACAAGUUUAUACACAAGCCAGCGGAAUUUCAAUUUUCCUUUAACUAUGUCAAAGUAGAUGAUUGUCUUCCACAAAUAUUACAGCUCAUGAGAGCUGCUACUCUUCCUACUGCUGAACAAAAUGCUAUGAUCAUGGCUAUUGUACACUCAAGGCAGUCCAGAUUUUCAUUUGAUACUUCAUGGUUGGAAGAUUUAUAUGAAAAAAUAGUGUUCGAAGUUCAAGCAAACAAAGUUUUACCUCUAGUUAUAAACCCUGGAAGAAUUUUACUCACAACAAGUAGACUUUAUUUUCAACCUUACAAUAAUAUGGAUCAACAUCCAGUACUAAAAAUUAAUUUAAAAGAUAUAAAACAAUUGAACAAAAGAAGGUUUCUUUUACGGCAAGUGGGGCUUGAAAUAAAAUGGUUGAGACAACCGGGUACUAAACCAGAACAUUUUUUCUUAGCAACUAGAGGACAACAAGAGAGAGAUGCCUUGUAUACCAAUUUACUAGCUCAAUCUUCACUGCAAAUAGAGACAAUUCAUCAAAAUCAUAUGACAAUGCAGUGGCAAAAUGGUUCCUUAUCAAAUUAUGAUUAUCUUUUAUAUAUUAAUAGUUUAGCUGAUAGGACUUUUCAUGACCUAACACAAUACCCUGUAAUGCCUUGGGUGCUUCAAGAUUAUACUUCAGAUGCUAUAGAUCUUCAAGAUCUUAGUGUGUAUAGAGAUCUUGGCAAACCAAUUGGAGCAUUAGAGCCCAAAAGAUUAGAAAGACUAAAGGCUAGAUAUGCUGAAAUGUCAGAACCAAAAUUUUUGUAUGGUUCCCAUUAUAGUGCGCCUGGUUUUGUACUUUUUUAUCUAGUGAGGAAGUACCCACAAUAUAUGCUUUGUCUGCAGAACGGAAGGUUUGAUCAUCCUGACAGAAUGUUCAAUAGUGUAGCUGACGUGUGGAAAAAUGUUUUGGGCAACAUGUCUGACUUCAAAGAACUGAUACCUGAAUUUUAUGACACGAGCGCAAGUGGCGACUUCUUAAUUAACAGCUAUGGAAUCGAUUUUGGAUUUCGUCAUGAUGGAACGAAAAUUGCUGACGUACAUUUGCCUCCCUGGGCUAAAGGACCGUCCGAUUUUGUUGAAAAGUUGAGGAAUGCUUUGGAAAGUGAUCAUGUAUCUAGAAACUUGCACAAUUGGAUUGAUUUAAUAUUUGGGUAUAAGCAAAAAGGAGAAGAAGCUCUAAAAACAAAUAAUAUAUUUUUUCAUUUAUGCUAUGAGGGAGCAAUUGACUUGGACACAAUAAAAGAUAUUAAUGAUAGGCAUGGUUUAGAAGUUCAGAUAAUGGAAUUCGGUCAAAUACCCAAACAAGUAUUCAAACUACCUCAUCCAAAACGUUUAAUAGCAGCAGAUCUACUUAAAAGUGAAGCUUCUUUGCUAUUUUCAUCCUCUGGUCAUGGAAUAUCAAAAAUUGAAUUAAAAUCUUCUAAUGUCUUUCAAUCACACAAGGAAGCUGUGAGUGCUGUAACAAUAAUUUCUGACGGAAUACAAGAUGAUAAUAUCGUUUCAGUUGGUCGCGAUGGCGUUAUGAAAAUAUAUUCCAUCCAGACUGGAAAACUAGUACGUAGUGUAAAUUUGUCACCAGUUCCUCUAUGCUCUUGUGUUUGUUACCAAACAUCUACAAAUUCCAGUGUUCUUGUAGCUGGUUCUUCCGACAAUUCACUCAUAUUUUAUGAUAUGGAAUUUGGUAAAGUUUUUGAAACUUUAAAUGGACAUGAAGAUUCUAUAUCGUGCUUGAAAUACAGCAAACGUCAUAAUACAAUUAUAUCAAGUUCUUGGGAUUGCACAACUAAAAUUUGGCAAAGUUGCGAACCUGAUAAAAAAAUAAAGCUUGUAGAUUGUUUUGUAGCCGAGCUUGAUCACGAUUCUCAAGUUACUUGUAUAGAUCUAUCAAGAGAUGAAACUCUAUUAGUUUCUGCAACUCAAGAUGGUGAAAUAUUCUUGUGGAAAUUGGACGAUUCAUACAGUCUUCAGGCUACAGUAAAAGAACACAAUGCCAAGAUUAACGCAAUAACUUUUGAGCCGGAUUCAAAAAAUGUCAUAUCUUGUGCAAAUAAUAAAUCAUUAAGUGUCAUGGAUGUCCAGACAAGUACCCAGACAUACAUUACUACUCUAGAGGAGGAAGCAGUAUCAUUGGCAUGGAUACACUCAUUUCUGUUGAUCGGUGAUCUCAAAGGAGAUCUUUUAAUGUGGGAUCCACAAACAGCUGCGUUUAUUUCCAAGUUUUACUGUCAUCAAGGACCUCUUGUUUCACUAGCAGUAUCACCGGACAAUAAAAAAGUCAUAACAGGUGGUCAAGAUAGAAAAGUAAUUGUGUGGAAUUGUAUAUAAAGAUAAGCAAGAGAAACGAAAAUGAUUAUUUUUACUUGUGUAAUAUUUGUACUGUCUAGUGCAACUUGUUACAAUAUAUUAAAUUUAAAAAACUUCAUGAGCUUUUGUGCUUCUCAUAAUACAAUUGCAAGUAUAUUUUCUAUAUUCAGUCUAUAAUUGUUUACUUAUAUAAUAUAAUAAAAACUGUUUUCGUCUGUUUGCUAUACAAUUAAAAUUAAAAUAAAUAAUUUUAAAUAUAUAAAUUAAACAAUAUUUUUACAUAUAUGUACAUACAUACAAACAUUGAAGGAUUCCACGAGAAAAAUUUUACAUGGAUUGCUUACAUCAAAUUUUGUAUUUAGUAAAUCAACAACAAUGGUCACAACUAAAAUCUUAAAAUAAACAGUAAUAUGACAAUAAAAAUACAUUAUUAUAAAAAA